AUGGGCUCCCAUUCAAUGCAACAUUUGCUGCUACAUGUGGGUCUUCUUCUGCUGCGGAGGACCACCACUGUAGCAGCAGCAGCAACAGCAGCAGCAGCAACAGCAGCAGCAGCAAGAGGGGGAGUAUAUACAGCAGGAUAUUUUGCAAGGAGUUGUUGCUGUUUGCUGCUAAUAUGUUUCUUAUUAAUACGAGGUAUUGCUGCAGCAGAAGAUGUAUCUACUGCUGCUGCUGCUGCUGCUGCUGCAGCUGCUGCAGGCAGCAACAGUACGUUUCCUUUAUUAAAGUUAUAUAACAGCAGCAGCAGCAGCAACAACAGCAGCAGCAGCAGCAGCAGCAGCAGCAUAUGGGGAGAUGAUGAUGAAUAUCUAAUAGGUUAUCAUCCCUCAAUACCUAUACCUACACCAUCAUCUACAGAAGCAGCACGUGCAGCAGCAGCAGCAGCUGCUGCUGCUGCAGCAGCAGAAGCACAAUCAGCAGCAGCAGCAUCAGCAGCAGCAGCAGAGGAACCAACAGCAGAAGAAGCUGCUGCUGCAUUAGAUGAGAAAGUACCACCACCUGCUUCUUGGGUACAAAAAGAGAAGAAACGCAUGCAAGUAGAUGCAGCAGCAACAGCAGCAGGAAAACAAUCACCACCAACAGCACCAACAACAGCAGCAGCAGCAGCAGCAGGAGCAGCAGCAGCAGCAGCAAGAGGAACAAGAACAACAACAGAGGCACCAACAAGAUUAGUAAUAGCUUAUGAGUUAGAGGGAUGUCAUGUAUCAGCAAUAGAUGCAGCAGCAAAUAUAGAUAUAACAGCAGCAGCAGGAGGAGAUCCAGCAGCAGCAGCAGCAGCAGCAGCAGCAGCAAGAGCAAAAGCAGCAGCAGCAGCAGGAGAAGAAGAAGAAGAAAUAUUACAUGGACAAGAAGCAAGAUCUGCUGCUGUAUCUAUAUUAAGAUAUCGUGUAUCUCAAUUACUGCAGCAAAAAAUACAACAACAGCAGCAGCAGCAGCAGCAGCAGCAGCAGCAACAGCAGCAGCAGGAGAAUAAGCAGCCUGAAUCUUUCCCAUUACCUACAGAUCUAUUAGAAGCAGCAGCAGCAGCAGAAUCUUCUUCUUUUUUUCCUUCUUCCUCUGCCUCCUCUCCUCCUCCUUCUCCCUCUCCUCCAUCACCAUCAGAAGCAGCAGCAGCAGCAGCAGCAGCAGCAGCAGCAGCAGCAAAUGAAUUAAGAUCUAUAUAUUUAUCUGCAUUAGAGAUGGAGCUAAUAAUAGAUAUACCUAAUCUAUUAUCUAUUCAUGAUCUUCUUCCUCUUAUUAAUAAUAUUCCUUGUAUACAUAAGGGUUAUAUAGAUACACAUAAAUAUAUUGAGGAACCUAUGCAGCAACAGCUGCAGCAGCAGCUGCAGCAGGAGCAGCAGGAGCAGCAGCAGCAGCAGGAGCAGCAAAUACAAGGAGAGGGACAGAGGACAGAAGGAGUACAACAGCAGCAGCAACAGCAGCAACAGCAGCAGCAGCAAGAAGAAGAGAUGGAGGGAUUUAGUGUUGGUAUAUCUGAAUUAAGUGCAAGAGUAAUAAAAGCAGCAGCAGCAGCAAAUGCAGCAGCAGCAGCAGCAGCAGCAACAGCAACAGCAGCAACAAAAGCAGCAAAAUCGAUAGAAUUACAAGGAUCAACAAUAAGAGAACGAGACAAAGGCCAUCUUAAUCAGCAGCAGCAACAGCAGCAGCAGCAGCAGCAGCAACAGCAGCAACAAGAGGAAGAGAAAGAAAAAGAAAUAAGACCUAAUGAUCCAUAUUAUUCAUUACAAUGGAGUAUACAAGAUAAUAAUAUAUAUAGUAUAAAUAUAUUAGAUGUAUGGUAUAAAUGGACAGGAAUAACAAGACCAUUAGUUAUUGCUAUUAUAGAUAGUGAUUGUUUAUUAGAUCAUCCUGAUUUAUUUAAUAAAAGAUGGAUUAAUCAUGGAGAAAUAUGUGGUGAUGGUAUAGAUAAUGAUUAUAAUGGUCUUAUUGAUGAUUGUUAUGGAUGGGAUUUUGUGAAUAAUACAGGAGAUUUACAUUAUUCUUCUUCUUCUUCUUCUUCCUCCUCUUCUUCUUCUUCCUCUUCUUCUUCUCCCUCUUCUUCGUCUCCUUCUUCGCCUUCUUCCUCUGGUCAUGGUACAGCAGCAGCAGGUAUAGCAGCAGCAGCAGCAAAUAAUAAAUUAGGUAUAGUAGGUAUAUGUUGGGGAUGUAAGAUAAUGUGUCUAAAAUUUAUUGGUAAUGGACAAGGAAAAGUAUCUAAUCAGAUACAAGCUAUUGAUUAUGCUGUUAAGAUGGGUGCAUGGAUUAGUAAUAAUUCUUACGGAGGAUACGGAUGGGUGCAUGGAUUAGUAAUAAUUCUUAUGGAGGAUACGGGUCAUGGAUUAGUAAUAAUUCUUAUGGAGGGUAUACAAACAACAAUAGGGAAUUCAAGUUAUGCAUCUGUUACUGGUACUUCUUUUGCUGCUCCUCAUGUAACAGGAUCUGCUGCAUUAAUUUGGUCAGCAUUUCCUAAUCUAACUUAUUUAGAUAUUAAAUAUUCUUUGCUAAAAAGUUGCAAAAAAAAUAAUAAACUUAUUCAUCUAUCUGCAUGCGGAGGAAUACUUGAUGUAUUUAAUGCUCUUGUUGUUGCAGCACAUCUGUCUAGUGGUACUCCACUGGACCCAUCGGACAUAAGCAACUCAGCUAAGCUGCUGCCUCCAGCAGCAGCAGCAACAGCAGCAGCAGCAGGAGCAGCAGCAGCAGCCGCACAAGGAACGGAACUGUCCGAGUCAUCACCUCUGCUGCAGCAGCUGCAACAGCAGCAACAACAACAACAGCAACAACAGCAGCAACAACAACAGCAGCAGAAGCCGCUGCCGCAGCAGCAACCGGCACAACAACAACAACAACAGCAGCAGCAGCAGAAGCCUCUGCCGCAGCAGCAACAGCAACAUCCUCGACAACAACCGCAGCAGCAACAGCAGCAACGUCCCCAACAGCAACAGCAACAACGCCCGCAGCAGCAGCAGCAGCAGCAGCAGCCGCAGCCGCAACCGCUGCUCCAGCUACCGCUACACCAACAACAACAGCAACAACGUCCGCCGCAACAACAGCAGCAGCAACAACAACAGCAACGUCCACCGCAACAGCAGCAGCAGCAGCAGCAGCAACGUCCACUACAAGAGCAACAGCAGCAACAACGUCCUCCGCAACAACAACAGCAACAGCAGCUGCAGCAACAGCAGCAACAGCAGCAGCAGCAACAACGAAGGAAGCAGUACAGGAGUGAACCAAGGAACCCACCAUCAGCAGCAGCAACAACAACACCAACAGCAGCAGCAGCAGCAGCAGCAGCGCCACAAUUCCCUAGGGAUCCAUUAGCAUUGCUUUCUUCUGUUGUAUUUGCUCCUCUGCCUCUGCACGAUGACAGCAGCAGCAGCAGCAACAGCAGCAGCAGCAGCAGCAAGCCACGAGGAGGUCGGCCGUCUUUGCUGUCUUUGCUGCCUUUAGGACAAAGAGAGGAAGCAGUUGACUCUGAUGAUUUGCUGCUGCAGGAAGAGCAGCAGCAAGAGCAGCAGCAAGAGCAGCAGCAAGAACAGCAACAGCUGCAGCAGCAGGAGCAGCAGCAGCAGAAAAACACAGAAGCUGCUGCUGCUGAUCAAUAUAAACAGAUAGAAGCAGUUGGCUUCUUAUCCUCCCCGCUGCAGCAACUAGUGCAGCAGCAGCAGCUACAGCUGCGGCAGCAGCAGCAACAACUGCAGCAGCAGCAACUUCAGCUGCAACAGCAACGACUUCAAGUGCAGCAGCAAAUGCAACUGCAGCAGCAGCAACGGCAACUUCCUCAGCAGCAACUACAGCUGCAGCAGCAGCAACUUCAGUUGCAGCAGCAGCAACUGCAGCUGCAGCAACCCCAGCAGCAACUGCUGCUGCAACAGCUGCAGCAAUUGCAGCAGCAACAGCAACUGCAGGAACUGCAGCAGCUACAGGAGCUGCAAGAGCUGCAGCAGUUGCAGCAGCAGCAGCAGCUGCAGCAGUUGCAGCAGCUAACACCAGACACUCUUGAUCCGCAUCAGCAGCAGCUGCUGCAGCUGCAGCUGCAGCAGCAGCAGCAAAGAGCAGCAGGAUUAUUUAUGGAUACACUUAUACCCGAGCAGCAGCAGCAAGAGAAUCUGCACCAUAUGCGGCAGCAGCAACAGCGUCUGCUGCAGCUGCAACAGCAACAGCAGCAAAGGCUCCUGUUGUUGCAGCAGCAGCAGCAGCUACAGCUGCAGCAGCAGCAGCAGAUGCUGCAGCAGCAGCAUCUUAAUCCCUUAGGGGGUUUGCGUCAAGGCAGCAAUUCGUAUAAUCAACUGCAGCAGCAGCAAUUCUUGCAGCAGCAGCUGCAGCAGCAUCAAUUGCUGCAGCAACAAUUGCAGCAGCAGCAGUUGCUGCAGCACCAACUGCAGCAGCAGCAAUUAGAACAACAUGAAUUGCAGCAGCAACUGCAGCAGGAACAACAAUUGCAGCAGGAGCAGCAAUUGCAGCAGGAGCAACAACUGCAGCAGGAGCCACCAAUUCAGCAGCAUUCACUGCAGCAGGAACAGCAGCAGCAGCAGCAGCAGCAACAGCAACAGCAGCAGCAACAGCAGACACUGCAGCAGCAGCUGCUGCAGCUAUGGAAGAAGCCGCAAGGCUUAUUGCAAGGCUCCCUGCCUGCUGCUGUGCUGCGGCUGCUGCCGCUGCUAGACAGGAGUCAGCCAGAAGCCAGCAGCAGCAGCAAAGGGAAAUGGCAUAGCCUGUAG